CAGAAAAUUUGAAAUAUACCGAGGAGAGAAAGGGUAUGCCACCAAUAAGACAAGCCAAAUAUGUGCCAUGGGAGCCGUAUAAAGGUGCUGUAAAACACAGUCCCGGACUCCAAAAUAAACCACCAUUUGAUUCACACAGCCCCGAUGUAUCCAAGGUCAAACUAGUGCCUUAUCAAAUUUCUCCACAAGGAACAGAACCAAUAUCUAGACUUAAAAAAGACAAUGAUAUAGAUAUGGUGAUUAAGAAUAUUAAAAAGCAUUCCCCAUCCGUGACAAAUAUCAACAAGUUCGAGCAAAAUCAGCCAAAAUUGGAAUCUCAAUAUAACACCUCAAGACCAUUCCAAACUGAACACAAUGUAAAAAAGGUGACUGGAAACCAUUUCCAAACCUUAAAGCAACUGGAUGGCAAUAGUUUAAACAAACAAAAUAGUUCACAAGGAUCUAGUCAGUGGGAUAAAAUGAGUACGUCAAGUGGGGGAAAAGAUGGCAAACUGUCACCUAGGUGCUUGUCUCCAAAGCCUGUCAACAAAGUUGGGCCUUUAAAAAACCAAGCCAAGAUCCCAACACCCCCACCCUCUCGUGCUGCCACCUAUAUUGAUAUAGAUGGCAGUUUUGAAAGUCAUGGUGAUGCCAUCUUGAAUAACAGUCUCGAGGUGAAGAAAUUGAAGGAGGAGAAUGGACAGUUGAAGGAAUACAAGAAGAGACUGCUUGAGGAAAAAGAAGGGAUGAAGGAGGAGCUAGAUAAACAGAUAGAGGUCAAUCGUGACUUAAAGAAACUUCUUGUGGCCUCUGUUGGCGAUGAACUGGAGUAUAAAGUUGAAAGAAUGGCACAGGACAAUGCCCAGCUGAGCAAAGACAUGAUAGAUGUCACUGAGAGACGUGAAGAAGACUACGAACACUUGGAUAAAAUGACGAUCGCUGCUGAUGUGUGGAGGUCAAAAUAUAUGGCUAGCAGAGUGAUGAUAGAUGAGUUGGCGAACUGGAAGGCUCAUUUACAGCGCAAGUACAAGGAAUCCCAAGAUGCACUGCAGCAGAUUCUUGAUGAGCGCCAUGACUUGCGUACAAAUUUGAUCAAGACUUAUGGGUGCCUCAGGCAGCUAAAGGAUGGAUUUGAGCUCAUGAGCAACACCUAUUCUCAAACUUUCUCACCCUCGGGGAAUGUCAUCGAGCUUGCUAGUAUUAACAGUCAGCUUGUAGCAACCAUACAAAUGAGGUUGCUUGGCAAAGUCUCCUCCAGUGUUGCCCUGAACAUGGAUAUGGGUGAAGAUUUGACAUACGCAGAAUGGCUUGCUAAACAGCUGCUAGAGGGCCAGAGCAAUACUAACGCUGCUUCAAGGGGAGGCACACAGGAACAGCAAUCAGUAGAUUCACUGAGGCGACAACAUUAUGAACGUUACCACCCAAAUGUUCGAUAUGAAAAUGUCACAUUUAACUGUUGCGCUCAAUGCACUGGAGAUGUUAUGGUUGUUUAAGUGUGUGAUGGUUGAUUGUGUUCAGCGUUAUGGUUGAAAACGGUUGUGUAUUGUACAAUGUAUCAGUCAACCUGAAUGUGGGUGGCAAAAGUUGUUCAAUGUAAUCAUGUUUGUUUAA